UUCUGAGUGUCCCAUGGACAAGAAGAAAACAAUACGUUUGAUCCUCUUUUCAGUUUUUAUCCUACCGGUUAUCUCCGGGGAGGUACGAAGCGGUACACACACAACCUGCCUGAAUGGGACCUACAACCUACCUCCAGCAUCAAUAUGUGGGAAAUCGAUUAAUGAAGUACCUGGCAUUGUACUUUCUAUUGACCCUGUUUGAAAUUACUUUUCCAAAUCAAGGGCCUGUCAGAAUAGCAGAAGUGCCAAUGAAAGACAUUGUACGGAAAAAUGGAAUGCACUUGAGCUCUAUGUAAUGCACUCAGGCAUAGCUUGCUGGAUUGAAUUGGCACGUUUCAUGUUUUCGAAAUUUGCGCUACUAUAGUGUAUAGAAUUGCCUACCUCGAGAAAAUCGAAGUCGUUGAGGUUUGAAAUUGCUUAGGAAGAUUUCUUUCACGGGUAUCAACUGGGAAGUUUUUCAUCUGGGUUUUUUAUUUAGAGGUGAAAUCUGGUUCUUGUUGAAAGGCUAUAUUUGGGUUGCGGCAGCGGGGGAUUGAAACGUGAAUUGAGUGUGUCUGAUGAAGAACAUGAGGCAGUAUCUAAAUGAAUAAUAGGAGGUGGAUUUUAUCUCUGGUGUCUUAAAUCCCAAAGGAGAGUUUAGGUUGGGUUCACACAUUGCUUUGGAAUUAGGAAACCUUCAAGCGCUGGUAUAUGAUUUCAAUCUCUUGAAAUGAAGAGAGCGGCUGUUCAGUAUAGCUCAAUUAUGGGUUUGCUGGAUGAUGAGAUACUUUUGACUAUUCUCGAGAAACUGCAGGAUCCCACAGACAGAAAGUCAUGGUGCCUAGUCAGCAAGCAUUUUUUCUCUUUGGAAGCGAGGUCUAGGAAGACAGUACAGUUAAUGAGAUCACAGUUACUACCGAGAAUUUUGCAGAGAUACAACAAAAUUCAGCAUUUAGACCUAUCCCUUUGCUCCCAGAUGACAGAUGAAAGUUUAGGGCAUGUGGCUCGACUCAUUGGGAAUCGUUUGCUUUCCAUCAACCUCUCAAAGUUGUGGACUUUCACUCACUUUGGUAUAGCACAGCUGGUUCAACGUUGUCAAUCUUUGGUUGAGGUUGAUCUUUCCAAUUGUACUGAAUUCACAGAUUAUACAGCUGAAGCUAUAGCACAUGCCCAGAACUUGAAAUCAUUGAAGCUAGUGAAAUGCAAGCAAAUCACUGACAUGGGUCUUGGAUGCAUAGCUGUCGGAUGCAACAAGUUGCAGACUCUGAAUCUUAAGUGGUGUGUAGGGGUUACAGACCUUGGAGUUGAGCUGGUUGCUGUCAAAUGCAAGGAGCUGCGGAAUCUUGAUCUUUCUUACUUACAGAUAACCAACAAAUGUCUUGAAUCUCUUACACGUCUAUGUCAUCUUGAGAACUUAGCAUUGGUUGGAUGUGUUAGUGUGGGCGAUAAAGGCCUUAUUUAUCUGAAGAACAAAUCUUUACAGAUUGUGUGCCCAACAUGUAUACUUGAAAAUCAAGUUCUGAUGGGACUGGAUGUUUCAAAGUGUCGAAAUAUCAGCUCUACUGGAAUAAUUAACCUUGCAAGUGUUUCCCCAGAGUUGCGCCAACUUACUCUUGCCUAUUGCAUACCAAUUACAAGUGAUCUUGCAAACUCCCAAACUUUUGACAGACUGCAAAUAGUCAAAUUUGACGGUUGUAAAAUUUCCAGCACUGCACUAGCGUCUGUUGGUAGAAGCUGCAAAUAUUUGAGGGAAUUGAGCUUAAGCAAGUGUAUUGGAGUCACAGAUGAAGAAUUGAAAGGAUUUUUGACAUACUGUAGAGAGCUGAACAAGUUAGAUCUUACAUGCUGCUGUGAUCUAACUGAUGUUGCUUUAUCAGCUGUUGCUAUGUCAUGCAGAUAUCUUUCAUCUCUUAAGAUCGAAUCUUGUCACUUAGUUACAGAAAAGAGUUUGACAAUGUUAGGGGAGGGGUGUCCUUUUCUGGAAGAGCUUGACCUUACUGACUGCAGCAUAAACAACACAGGAUUGGAAUCCCUUUCUAGGUGCUCUGAAUUGAUCACUUUGAAGCUAGGAUUCUGCCCAAAUAUAUCUGAUGAGGGGAUCAUCCAAAUAGGAGCUUGUUGCUCAAAUCUCCAAGAACUUGAUCUAUACAGAUCCACAGGUGUUGGUGAUGCUGGGAUGGUUGCAAUCUCCAAUGGGUGCCCAAGGUUAAAGAGCAUAAACCUUUCCUACUGCACAUGCAUUAGUGAUGAUGCUCUGAAGGCUAUCUCACGACUGCGUAAACUUCAUAACCUUGAAAUCCGAGGUUGUUCUGGUGUUUCAUCUGCUGGUCUUUCAGCAAUUGCUUUAGGAUGCAAGCGCAUUGCUGAAUUAGAUAUCAAAAGGUGCUACCGUGUUGAUGAUGCAGGGAUAUUAGCAAUAGCUGAUUCAUGUCAGAAUUUGCGGCAGGUAAAUUUUUCAUAUUGUCCAGUCUCAGAUGUUGGAUUAUCAGCAGUGGCAAGCCUUACUUGCUUACAGAACAUGAAGCUGGUUCAUUUGAGGAAUGUAACUGUCAAUGGUUUUGUUUCUACUCUGUUGGCUUGUGAGAGUUUAAAGAAAUUAAAGCUUCUUGAAUGCUUAAAGUUUAAAUUACCACGUGCUCUAAUUAAGCGCUUAGAAGCCCAUGGAUGCACUAUUCGCUGGAUGGAUAAACCUUUUGUAAUGUAACAUCAUCAUGACGUGCUUUUCCAAAUUCCAACCAUCCACUGUUUUUGAUAAAGAGUAUAUAGGGGAAGAGUACCAGUAGUUGAGCACCCUAACUUCGUGCUUCUCAAAAUCUUACCUGGGAAUUUCAAAUCACUCCCAAUUUAACUAAGCUUUCAGCAUCACAUCAUCAAGUAUGGUGCCACAUCAGCAUGCUUUUUGCCAAGGUGUCCAAAACAGCCCCUCCCAAAAGUGAGACCAAUAGGCGUGCAAAAGAGGCCCCAAUAGUUAUGCAGCUGAUAUGGCAUCACCUGAUUGGUUACUUUUUACAAUAUUAGUACAUUUCCUAACAACUAUUGGUACAUUUCUUAACAGAAAUUGAUAUUUUGUGUUUCAAAAAAUAGGUUUUAUUUGUUCAAUUUUUGGAACAAAAGGUAUCAGCGACCCUCACAACAAUUGAUACAUGCUCAACUACUGGUGCUCUUCCCCUAUUUCAGAGUUCCUUUUUAACCUUACUAUGCCUGACUCAAGGAAAUUUGUGCAUCUAUCAGAAAUUUUGUGGCUUUUGAUACUUAGACAAAUUUUCAGAUACAGUGCAUCUUCCACACGAAUUAUGGCAGCCACCAAGGAUUCUGUCAGUUUGGUUUUCUUUUCUCGGUUUCUCCUAUUGGUGACAAACCAAAAUCAUUUUCAAUUUCUGGAGAAUGUUAUUGGGGUGUCAUAUUCUGGUGAAAUAAACUAUAUCUAUGUAAUUUCCUUUUUCAAGAGUCCCUUUGUAAUGUCAUUCCUGCAACUGUUUGGU